GAAACAAGCCGAAGCGGACGAAAAGGUAAAAAAACUGGCAGUUUGUACGAGCUUGUUGGUGAGAGGUAUGCGGAGGUAGGUAUGCGGAGCACAUCCACCGGCGCUGCAAGUGCCCAAGUGCCAUCGUGCAUGGAUAUGACGGACGGACGCGAGGGUGACGCUCUUAAGUCGUGCUUGGUGCAUUUUAUUUGCAAAUUAUUUUUAUGCUUUGAUGGUUGCAUUUUUAUACUCUUGUGCUCCGUAACUACCGCUGCACAUGUACUCCCGUAUGUAGGUAUGUACGGAGUCCGCAGUUGUAUGUGCACAGUAAGUAGUGGACGUGGGAAAAAAUUUCCGUGUGUGACUAGGCUGGCCAGUUAA